AUGGCAAAUCCGUCUCCUCAAGCCCGCGACGACAUCGCCAUCCAUGGUGUCGAUGUCCAGCCACACACCCAGUGUGCUCACUGGCACUCGGACCGCGACAUCAUCGCCAUCCGCCACAAGUGCUGUGGCAACUACUACGCCUGCAUCAGCUGCCACGAGGCGCUGGCCAAACACCCGUCGACGUGCUGGCCCAAGACUGAGCGUGCUACGGUCCCCGUCGUCUUGUGCGGCCGCUGCCGUCGUCAAUGGACCAUUGCCGAGUACAUGGCCUGCAACAGUGCCUGUCCCGGCUGCCAGGCGGCAUUCAACCCGGGCUGUGCGCGGCAUUACGACCUCUACUUUGAGAUGUGA